AUGCCCCUGCGGGCACCAUGGCAUCCGUGGGCACUGCGUUGUGGACCCCUGCUAGAGAGAGUGCAGAGAACUCCCAGGGAUCCGCUGUUCCACACCAUCAAGAGGAGACCCGGGGAGCCACUCUUCCUUACCCCUUAUAUUGAAAGUGGGAGACUUGAGGAAGGAAGGCAGUUAAGUUUGGUUGGGCCUCUCCAAGGAGUAAAUGUGAAGAGUUACUCUGGCUAUCUCACAGUGAACAAGACUCACAACAGCAAUCUCUUCUUCUGGUUCUUCCCUGCUGAGGUGCAGCCAGAGGAUGCCCCGGUCCUUCUUUGGCUCCAAGGUGGACCAGGAGGAUCAUCAAUGUUUGGGCUUUUUGUUGAACAUGGCCCAUAUGUUGUCGACAGGAAUCUCAGAUUAUAUAAACGGAAGUUUUCUUGGACAUCUAAAUUUUCCAUGCUUUACAUUGACAACCCAGUUGGGACUGGCUUUAGUUUUACCGAUGAUACGGGAUAUGCAGUAAACCAAGAUGAUGUAGGAAGAGAUUUAUACAGUGCACUCAUCCAGUUUUUCCAGCUAUUUCCAGACUAUCAGAAAAAUGACUUCUAUAUUACAGGAGAAUCUUAUGCAGGAAAGAAUGUGCCUGCUAUUGGCUACUACAUCCAUACCCAUAGUUCCAAAGCCAAAGUUAAGAUCAACUUCAAAGGAGUUGCUAUUGGUGAUGGUUUCUGUGACCCUGAAAUGAUGCUGGGUGGCUAUGCACAAUUCUUGUACCAAAUUGGCUUGGUGGAUGAGAAGCAGAGGGAGUAUGUCCAGCAGCAGACUGACCUGGGAGUAAUUUAUAUCCAGCAGAAGAAGUGGAUGAAAGCCUUUGAAAUAUUUGAUACUCUAUUGAAUGGUGAUGAAACAAGUUCUUCCUACACUCAGAAUGUUACAGGAUGUAGCAACUACAUUAACUUUUUGCAGUGCCAGGAGCCUGCUGACCAGGAAUAUUUUGGAGCAUUUUUAUCACUCUCAGAAGUGAGGAAAGCUAUCCAUGUGGGAAAUCUUACCUUUCAUGAUGGGUCUACAGUUGAGAAGCAUUUGCUUGAAGAUGUAAUGAAGACAGUAAAGCCAUGGUUGGCUGUAAUUAUGGAUAACUAUAGGGUUCUGUCAUACAAUGGGCAGCUUGAUAUCAUAGUAGCAGCUCCACUGACGGAACGCUUUCUGCCUACUGUGCCAUGGAGCAAGGUGGAAGAAUACAAAAGUGCUGAAAGACUCAUAUGGAGGAUCCAUCCCCUUGACAAGGAGGUGGCUGGUUAUGUGCGCCAAGUUGGUGAAUUCUAUCAGGUAAUUGUUCGAGGUGGAGGACAUAUUUUACCUUAUGACCAACCUGAAAGAUCAUUGGACAUGAUGGACAGAUUUAUCUCUGGAGAAGGAUGGAAGACAAAUGGAUUCUAAAAUAAAACUUAAAAUGCAGUGUAUAUGUACUACCUUGCCAAAUGCUUCAGAAAUAAUUUGAAGGUACUGUAUUGAAAAUAUUGCCUUAUGGAAAAAUCAUGAAAUUGAGGAUAAGAGUAAUAAAAUGGAUAUAAAUGUUC